AUGGGACGCACCAAAGAAGAUGCCUCAAUUGGCAUCAUCGGAAUGGGUGACAUGGGCAAGAUGUAUGCCCAUAAGCUCAGCGAUGCAGGAUGGAGGAUAAACGCCUGUGAUAGACCUGAAAAUUAUGAAUCGUUACAACAAGAGUUUUCCUCUAAAAGAGGUGUCACCAUCUUCCCGAAUGGCCAUGGGGUUUCCAGAAUUAGCGAUUUCAUUCUUUACAGUGUAGAGGCCGGUGUGAUCGACCGAGUCGUGGCACAGUACGGGCCAUCUACCAAAGUCGGUGCCGUUGUCGGUGGUCAGACCUCAUGCAAGGCCCCCGAGCUUGCUGCAUUCGAAAAGCACCUGCCGAAGGAUGUAGAGAUUGUAUCGUGCCACUCGCUGCACGGCCCAAAAGUCAAUCCAAAAGGACAACCUCUGGUCAUUAUUCAACAUCGUGCCUCCGAUGAAGCCGUGCAAUUCGUCGAUUCGAUCCUCUCCUCGUUCGGAUCCAAACAUGUCUAUCUCACCGGCGAGAUGCAUGAUCGAAUCACUGCUGAUACGCAAGCCGUGACGCACGCCGCCUUUUUGAGCAUGGGUACCGCAUGGCAAGCCAAUCAACAGUUCCCCUGGGAGAUGUCACGCUGGGUUGGUGGUAUCGAGAACGUGAAGAUCAAUAUUACUUUGCGUAUUUACUCGAACAAAUGGCAUGUCUACGCUGGCCUCGCCAUUCUCAACCCAGCUGCCAAACAGCAGAUUCGACAGUAUGCCGAGUCCGUGACGGAUCUGUACAAAUUGAUGAUUGGAGGCCAUCGGGAAGAGCUCAAGGCUCGAGUGAAGGCUGCUGGUGCAUCCGUGUUCAAAGAGGGCACAGAAGCGCAAGAUCUUUUAUUAAGAGAUGAAGUGCUGGAUCGAUUCUCUUUAUCCAACCGGUCUCGUGAGGCGUCACCUCCAAACAGUCAUCUAAGUCUACUGGCCAUCGUGGACUGCUGGUCGAAACUGGGCAUCGUUCCUUAUGAUCAUAUGAUCUGUUCCACUCCGCUUUUCCGCCUCUGGCUCGGUGUCACUGAAUACUUAUUCCGUAAUCCUGAACUUCUAGAGGAAGCACUGGACACAGCUAUUGAUGACAAUUCUUUCCGAUCAGAUGAUCUGGAAUUUACAUUUGCUGCACGGGCUUGGUCUGACUGUGUCUCAUUUGGAGACUUCGAAUCUUACCGCGAUCGCUUUGAGCGCAUUGCCCAGUACUUUGCUCCUCGCUUCCCAGAGGCAGCUACGCUUGGAAACGAGAUGAUGAAGACAAUCCUGGAAAAGACCACCAACCAACCUUGA